AUGGCGGAGUCUGCAAAAUACCACCCGCGCGGCGCGUCUUCGCGUGACAGGGUGCUUGGAAUCACGGAGCGUGCGACCCCGCUUGCUUACUCCUGGGCUGGAGAAAUGAGAGUUCGCUUCUCUGACUUCCAGGUAAAUGAAAUCGGGCUGGACGGAAAGGUAGUCCAUCUCAAAACUGUUGGGCUUACAGAGGAGCAAAAAAAAGCCGAAGGUGUCACAGACAAGGAAGAGACCGCAGUCAAGCCCGCGGAGAAAGAGGCUAAGCCGGCUGAAGAGAAGAGCGAAAAGCCGCAGCCACCAGCCAAGGUGAUCGAGGUGGCAGCAGAAGAUGUCAAGAUUCUCACAGAUCUCGCCGGGGAGAGCUUUGCGCAAGCGAUCGUGGGCAUGUUCCGCGAGGCGCAAACCGCAGACCCGGAGCAGCAAGUCAAGCCUGUUACCUCAGAGCCCAUUGACGACAAGCACACGCGCGGCCAAAUACACCAGGAGGUGCGCCGCAUAUUCCAGUCUCGCAUCGACACCACCACAGACGGCAGCGGCGGCAUUGUGGCGACGGCGAUCCGCGACCGUCCACGUGGCAAGAAGCGCAGCCGAGGCGGCCCUCAACAGCGCAGCAACACGAACACCAACAAGAACAACAGCCGCCCCGCCGCCGAGUACCUGCACUUUACGCUAUACAAGGAUAACCGCGACACCAUGGAUGCCGUAACGCAAAUCGCGCGCAUGAUCCGUGCCAAGCCGCAGUCGAUUGGCUACGCCGGCACCAAGGACCGGCGCGCUUCGACCGCGCAGCGCUGCUCCAUUCGCUACACGCACCAGCGCAGCCUGGCCGGCCUCAACGGCAACCUCUGGGGCAUAUCCACCGGCGACUACGAGUACCGUGACGAGGGCAUCCACCUCGGCCAGCUCCUCGGCAACGAGUUCGUUAUUACGCUCAAAAACUGCGCGGUCAUGGAGGAGAGCGGCGCGUCAUCCAAGCCUGUCGCCGAACAGCUACAGCUUUUGCAGAGCAACGUCGGCCCUGCCCUGGAGCAUAUGGCCGCGCAGGGCUGGAUUAACUACUUUGGUCACCAGCGGUUCGGCACCCAUCACAUCGGCACGCACGAGAUUGGCAAGCUCAUCCUCGGCGACAAGUACGAAGAGGCCGUCGACGCGCUGUUGUCCUACGACCCCGCGCUGGCCGACAAGUACGAGGCCGCGGCCGCGGACCACGAGGACGGCAACGGCGGACACAAGUCGAGCAUGGAGGAGCUCGCGCGCCACCACGCCUGCAUGCUCUUCCGCACCGGCAAGGACGUCCGCAAGGCGGCCAGCAUGAUGCCGCGCCGCUUCGCCGCCGAGGUGUGCGUGACGCGGCACCUGACCCGCGGUGGUGUCUCAUCCAUGCGCGAUUUCGUCGGCUCCCUGACGCACAUCACCCGCGGCCUGCGCUCCAUGUACAUGCACGCGUAUCAGUCGCACGUGUGGAACCACGCGGCGAGCAUGCGCUGGGCCAAGCACGGCACGCAGGUCAUGGCCGGCGACCUCGUCAUCGCCGACGACGCCGCCACGCCGCUCUUUGGCGGCAAGGACCAGGACGGUGACGACAUCAUCAACCCCGUCGACGACGACGACACCGCGCCCGUCCGCGCGCGGCCGCUCACCGCCGACGAGGCCGCCAGCGGGCGCUACACCAUCUACGACAUCGUGCUGCCCACGCCGGGCUACCAGGUCGUCUACCCGGACAACGACGUCGGCGCCUUUUACGAGGAGUUCAUGGGUAGGGAGGAGAAUGGCGGGCUGGACCCGCGCAAGAUGAUGCGCAUGCGUCGCGAGUUCAGCCUGCCGGGCCGGUACCGCAAGGUCAUGAACCGCUUCCUCGCCGCGCCGAGCAUCGAGUUCCGCACCUACACUGACGAGAAGGAGCAGAUGCACCCGACGGACCUGGACGUCAUCAAGGCGGCGACGACGACGGAGAAGACGACGACUGCCGCUGGUGGUGAAGAGGGGGAGCCUGCUGCGAAAAAGCCCAAGGUCGAGGAGGACGAGAACAGCGGCGCCGCCGCAGAGGAGGGCGGCGAGGCAGCGCCAGUGGUAGAAAAGAUUGCAGCCAUUGUCAAGUUUCAGCUGGGCCGCAGCGCCUACGCUACGGUGGCGCUGAGAGAGCUCAUGGGCGACAUGCAGCAAGAGUAG